AGUGUUUUGAGCGCGUUCUUCGUUAACGGUCACAUUCGAACAGAGUCACCGCGUGGUUUCCCGGACUAUAGUCAUUGUUCCCGUGCCGUAACAUACCACAUCGCGUGCAGCAAUUCAAUCACGUUAGGUUCCAAUUCAAAAACCGAACUUCCGCUAUUCAAAUAUGAAUAUAGAGAUUUCCCGCCUUACAAUGGCCAGCAACGAUCAGGGUGGAACCGAUCAAACCGAUCGAGGUCACCGGAAGGAGUACUUUGGUAAUGGCGGUGGAUUCGGUCGAUUCUUGCCGCCAAUUUUCAAGCUUCUUGAGUUGGCAGUCGCCAUUAUCUGCAUUGGGCUCAUCGACGACCCGGCCAACAAUUCCCGGCUCCGACCAUUCGCCACGACACGCACCAUCGCACUUGCCUAUUCCACCUUCGUGUCCUUUUUGAUCUUUUCUGUGAUCUACCUGUUCGGUAAAGUCAUCAGAGAGAACAUCCCAUGGAAACUCCAAUCGCUACUGAACCUGACGGCAUUUAUCCUAUAUCUGACAACCGCCAUUUGUAUCCUGCAUGAUUGGUCGGAAACGAAAAAUCGAAACUAUUGGCCACCCAACACGCAAAGUUUUUCUGCUUACAGAAUGGAUUUCCUGUGCGGUGCAGGAUCGGUGGCCGUCGUUGGCGCCUUGCUGUAUCUGGUGGAUCUGAUUGUUACGACUAGGUUGGGCGCAAAGGGCGAUAUCGAAUAAUCGAAGCAAAGAGGCGUAGUUUUUCAUUAGUUGUAAAUUCAAAGAUUGAGUCAUUUUCGCCUCAACCGUUUAGUUAAAGUAACAUCGUAAGCAGCCGACGCGGAAUCCUAUCCAAUCGCAGCAGAGCCGACCGGAGCAUGUAAAUUUACGGACCAAAUACUAGAUCUUAAGAGAACAGAAUCUACUUUAAUGUUAAUGUUGAAAGAGUUACUUUUUAAAAAUAUUUUAUUACUAUUCUACUUAUGUAUCCGUCCGAAGCAUUUUACAUCGAAUGAAUUACGAUCGAAAAUUAAACAACAUUCCAGAACCAGGAAACUGAGGGAUUUACCAAGUUUUCAAAGGUAUUGAAGCCAUAAUAUUUGCUUAGCUUUAAAAUGAAUGUACAAAUUAUGCUCAUUACGAGUAUGGAUACGUUGUUAUUUGCCAGCCAUUUUAAUAAAAACAUAUAUAAGUAAAAUG